UAAUUUGAAGAUUUUAAUUUCCGGUUCCGGUACACAUGGUGGUGAAAAAUUGUAAACAUGGGGAAAAUGAAGAAAACAAAAUUAACACGGCACGAAGGAGUGUCACUCGCUGAUCAAGUUAUUGAAGCAAGAACAGUUAAACCCACCGGGCGAAACAAGACUCGCGAAAAGGAGGAAAAAGAUGACGAGUUUGUCGAUGAAAAAUUGUCCCGUAGAAUUCUUGACCAGGCCAGGAAACAGCAAGAGGAGUUGGAAGAUGAACACGGGAUUGAAAGUGACAAGGGUAAGUCCCCACGAGCCCGUCAGGUGCAUCUGGGUGGAGCCAGCCAGUCCCAGGGGGCGGAGUCAGAUGACAGUGAGGGGGAGGAGCCCGGAGAGGGAGAGGAGGUCUAUGAACACAUUGAAGUGGAUGCGGCGGAUGAGGCUGCGUUGGCUCGGUUCAUGUCCCACAAUCCUCCAGCACGGCGCACACUGGCUGACAUCAUACAGGAGAAACUCACAGAGAAGAAGACAGAGAUACAGAGUCAGAUGACUGACAAUGCGAGUGUACAGCUGGACCAGCUUGACGAGCGUCUGGUGAACAUGUACAAACAGGUCAAGACCAUCCUACAGAAAUAUCGCAGUGGCAAGCUGCCUAAGGCUUUCAAAGUGAUACCUGCCCUCAGAAACUGGGAACAGAUCCUGUACCUGACAGAGCCAGAGACGUGGUCCGCUGCAGCCAUGUACCAGGCUUGCAGGAUCUUCACAUCCAACCUCAACGCCAAGAUGGCUCAGAGAUUCUUCAACCUCGUGUUGCUACCUAGGAUAAGAGAUGAUAUUGCAGAAUACAAAAGACUCAAUUUCCACCUCUAUAUGGCACUAAAGAAGGCCUUGUUCAAACCAGCUGCAUUCUUCAAGGGAAUACUUCUGCCAUUGUGUGAGGCAGGUAAUUGCACCCUCCGAGAGGCUGUGAUCCUAUCAAGUGUCCUGGUGAGGAACUCUAUACCCAUGCUGCACUCGGCCGCAGCGCUGCUGAAGAUCGCAGAGAUGGACUACAACGGGGCCAACAGCAUCUUCCUGAGGGCUCUUCUCGACAAGAAAUACGCUCUGCCCUUCAGAGUUGUGGACGCGAUUGUGUUCCACUUUGUCAGAUUUACGUCAGACAAACGUGAGUUACCCGUGCUAUGGCACCAGAGUAUGCUGACGUUCGUGCAGCGUUACAAAGAAGACAUCUCCAGUGAACAGAAGGAAGCCAUGUUUGAACUGCUGCGCGUGCAUUCGCAUGAGCCUAUCACACCCGAAGUGAGACGGGAAUUAGUGAAUUCUAAAUGUCGGGACUUAGAAUGCGCUGAGCCAGCAAACAUGGGGGACAAUGAUUUUUAGUGUAUAUUACUGCAAAACAUUUUUAGUAUGCUCUGUGUGUGGUGAUCAGAGAUUGUUGUUGUAUAUGUUGAAUAAAUAAAUAUUGAUUUA